AUGUCGGUGCCAGACUCCGGAAGCCAAGAUGUCACGGUGAUCAACCUAAGGCGCCUACUAUCGCGCCUCGAACAGACACUUUUGUCACCAGAUGCCGAUCCAUAUCUCAGGAAGUCCUUGCCUGAGCGGACGAGAGUCGGCGCUAACCUCGAUUACGCGCGCUCCCUUCUCCUCCGCCUUGAGCACGAUAGUGCAAACAUAAAGAUCCAGUCCCGCAAGCAAGCACUGCAAACCGAACUCCAACAGAAGCGUGACCUCAUAAAACAGCUGAACCAGCGCCUUCAAGAGCUCGCCCAGCUCGACGACGACUCAAUAGACGAGGACUCAGACUUUUCAGAAGCCGACGAUGCUGCGCCGUCCUACGCUCCCGCCCAGAAUGUCUCCAGCUCCAUAGACACAGAACACGCUGCCGCGCCAGGCAAUCCUGCGCUGCAGCAAGCUGCUGUCAACGUCACAUCCAUGCUACGCUCUCGAUUUCCGAAGCCCGACGAUCCUCCUCAGGAUACCGGGGCAUCUACCAGCAGCUCUCUCUUCCCGGCACAACCCAAGAAUACAGCCAAUGGUGCGGAUACCGACCUCAAAGAGCGAGAAACUCUACUCUCGCACGACCGUAAUGAGCAAGAAGUGCUUACCGAGUCUUUGCUCCAAAUGACACAGGCGCUAAAACAGCAGGCGGUAGAGACUGGAUCGUUCUUGGAGAUAGAAGAUAAGGAGGUCGUAGCCGGUGCGACGUCAGGCCUGGAGAAGAAUGCUUCAGGCCUGGAGGCAGCAUCGACUAGGAUGGGGGCUUUAAGGCGUAUGACGGAAGGGAGGGGCUUGUGGGGGCGCCUGAUGAUGUACGCGUGGAUCGCUGGGUUGUGGCUUCUGGCUUUUAUCGUUGUUUUUAUCCUGCCGAAGCUAAGGUUCUGA